AUGCCUUUUCCAAAGACAAAGACAUCUAUUUCUUCCCCUCCAGCACCUCCAGUGAUCCUACAGAGCUACAAGACACCAUCUAGUACGUUUCCAAUGCUUCUAAUUGCUUCACUAAGUGACAAGGUUGCCAAGGAUAUAGGUCUGGACCUUACGAGCGCAUAUAAAGAGGAGCACCUUAUUCCCUUAAAUUUGUUGAUAAUAGCGAGAUUUAGUCUACCAUCAAAAUUGGUUCUAAUUGGGAUAUGCCGGCUCUCCAGAAGACUAUCAAAAAGUGGAGAAGAUGGAAAGCUACAGAAGAGCCUAAUGGCUUCCCAGGAGAGGGUUUUUGAGAAUUAA